GAGGAGGCGGCGGUGUGAGGCAACCAUGGCGGGAGGAAUCAAAGUGGACGUGUGGUCGGCGGUUGGUCCCCGGCCCUGGUGCAGCGGCCUGGAAUUGAUGUAAAUGUGGUCAUGCUUCAGGAGUCUCAAGUUGAUAUGAAUUCCAGUCAACAAUUCUGUUAUAAAAAUGUGCUUAUCCCAAAGUGGUAUGAUAUAUGGACACGGAUACAGGUCCGGGUAAAUAGUUCCAAAUUGGUCCGCGUCACCCAGGUGGACAAUGAAGAGAAGCUGAAGGAGCUAGAGCAGUUUAGUAUCUGGAACUUUUUUUCUUCUUUUUUAAAAGAGAAAUUGAAUGACACCUAUGUUAACGUGGGUCUAUACAGCACAAAAACCUGCCUCAAAGUUGAGAUUAUAGAGAAGGACACCAAAUACAGUGUCAUUGUGACCCGGAGAUUUGACCCCAAAUUCUUCCUUAUUUUCCUCCUUGGACUUACAUUAUUUUUUUGUGGAGACUUGUUGAGCAGGAGUCAGAUUUUCUACUAUUCCACUGGAGUGAGUGUGGGAAUUGUGGCCUCUCUGUUAAUCAUCAUUUUUAUGCUCUCCAAGUUCAUGCCCAAGAGAAGUCCCAUUUAUGUCAUCCUGGUCGGAGGCUGGUCCUUUUCUCUGUACCUCAUUCAGCUAGUUUUUAAGAAUUUACAAGAGAUAUGGAGGUGUUAUUGGCAUUAUCUUCUAGGCUACGUCCUCACCGUUGGAUUCAUGAGUUUUGCGGUGUGCUACAAGUAUGGGCCCUUGGAGAAUGAGCGCAGCAUCAACCUGCUCACCUGGACGCUGCAGCUGCUGGGCCUGGCUUCCAUGUAUGCCAGCAUUCAGAUACCGCACAUUGCUUUUGCUCUUGUCGUCAUUGCACUGUGCACUAAGAACCUGGAGUACCCAAUUCAUUGGCUAUACAUCACCUACAGAAAGAUGUGUAAGGCAACAGCAAAGCCUGUCCCCCCUCGCCUCCUGACAGAAGAGGAGUAUCGGAUACAAGGAGAGGUGGAGACCCAAAAGGCUUUACAGGAACUCCGAGAGUUUUGUAGUAGUCCAGAGUGCUCUGCCUGGAAGACUGUAUCUCGGAUUCAGUCUCCAAAAAGAUUCGCUGACUUUGUGGAAGGUUCUUUUCACCUCACGCCAAAUGAAGUUUCUGUUCACGAGCAGGAAUAUGGAUUAGGGAGCAUAAUUGCCCAGGAUGAGGAGCUGUCCUCAGAGGAGGAGGGCUCAGAGUUCCCCACUGUCACCCAGAACAGCUUCCUGACUUAGAUGGGAAUCAGUUAUUAUUUUCACGUAGACUGGCGUGGUGCCUUGAUGGUCUGUUUGUAUCUGCUGUGCAAUCUCCCAGGCUUUUCUAAUGGCCUGAAGAGGGUGCAGAAGCUCUCCAACUGACAUGAGGGGACUGAGUGGCUUACCCCUGGUCUCCAAGGGGUCCCUGAGGAAAGAAUGGAGGAAGUAGUGAGUGCCAUGGUAGCUUGCCUCUGACAGUUGAGCUGUUGGUCCGCUUUUCUGUUCCUGAAGCACAGCCACAGCCACAGCCAGCAUGAUAUUUUAGCUCCUGUUUGAAAGUUCUCUGAAUGAUGGCGACUCUGUCACUGUGACAAACCCUCAGAAAUGAAUAUUAAGUGCAGUAAAGCAUUCAGACCAUAGGCUGCAUCUUCUAAGGUGAAUUCUAUAAAUGUGAGCCAUUUUUAUUUCUGUCUGUUUGUAUUUCAAUGGGUGUUUGGAAUAAUCCUUCAUCUAACUAUUGAAGAAAGAAAUACUUGUUGCUUAGCUUGUUUUUUUAAACAAAUUAUUUUUUUAAAUGCAGCAAAUUCAUGUUUUAGAAGUGCUCCAGAGUGACAAGCUCUAUUGAUUCCCAGAUAUUUAUUAGUAUAGAUAUCCAUGAAAACCCCUGGAGCUGUUGUGUUGAACCUUGAAUUCUCACGAAUUUGAUAGUAUGGGUUUUAUUUAUAUUUUCCAAGCUUUUUUUAUUCUAUUUAACAUUUGCAUUUUCUCUUGCCUUUUCUCACCACUCACUUUUCUACUCAAGAAGGGUCUAUAUCCUUACCUGUGGAGUGUGCACAAUUCAGAAUCUGUCUCUUUUUGACCUCUGUCCUCUCCUUUUCCCUUCUUUUUUUUUUUUUUUUUUUGGUUUUUCGAGACAGGGUUUCUCUGUGGCUUUGGAGGCUGUCCUGGAGCUAGCUCCUCUUGUGGACCAGGCUGGUCUCAAACUCACAGAGAUCCGCCUGCCUCUGCCUCCCGAGUGUUGGGAUUAAAGGCGUGUGUCACCACUGCCCGGCUAUCCUUUUCCCUUCCUAACACGGAGGUUCCUUCACUUGUGGCCAUUUUAUUAUUAGUUUUCUUCUCUGAGUCAGGGUCUUGCUGUGUAACUCAUGCUCAUCUUAAACUCUCAGUCAUUUUACCUCAGCCUUUCAGUGUUAGAACCUUAAGUCUAUGCUGUGCCAACCUUUUGUUUUUUCCUUUUACUUUUUUUGAGACAGGGUUUCUCUGUUAUCCCUGGCUGCCCUGGAAUUCAUUGUAGACCAGGCUGACCUAUAACUCACAGAGAUCUGCCUGCCUCUGUCUCCAGAGUGCUGGAAUCAAAGGCGUGCACCACCACACCUGGCAUUGCCAAACAUGUCCCUUUUUUCUUGGUUCCCAUAUUAUAGCUAGGAAGAGAAGUCUUGUUUACCUCUUCUCCCCCCAAUCAGAUCACAUAUCUUUGAGUUACUACACAAUCAAGAAACUAUCCCAAGGUUGGGGAUGUAGCUCAGUUGUAGAGCGCUUACUGGUCGGACAUGCCAGGCUCUGGCCGGAUCUUUAGCACCACAACAAAACAAAACCAACCUUAACUCCUUGUCCCUGGCUCCUUUUAUAUACCCAUUCUGUUCAUGCAGCCUUCCUCACCACCUUCAUCUUCCCAGAUCUGGUCAUUUGAGAGUCCCGAAACUAUCUAUAAGUUUCUUUAUGUUCAGUCUUAGUUAUGUAGCUCCCUACUCUGCAUGGCAGAUAAUAGACCUUCAGGCGAUCUUCCUGCCACCAGUGCUCUCAGCUGUCAGCAUCAGACCCAUUCCUCCUGAAUUUACUGUCCCCAUUUACAGUUCCAUUUCUGACAGAGAUGCUGCCUUCCUGUAGUGAUGUCAGCUUCAGAAUUCCUUGCUGUCGCAGAGACCGUUAGAAGCUAGUGGUGGUGUUUAUGAGGGAGCAGACUCCCCAGUUUCUGCCAUUUGCUUGGUUCUUUCAUUGUGAUCUUCACCGUCACACUGGAGGAAGCAGUGACUUCUGUGAUUCCUUCAGCCAGGGGGGUAGGUACUCCCCCAGGUAUACAGCAUCAGACUCAUUGUCUUAGGAUCGUCCAGAAGGAAGCCCUCAGGGUUUCUUCAGACCUGCUAUCAGCAUUUAAUUUUGAAAGACUCUGGGCCCUACUGCUAGCAUUCAAAAUGCAGGUUGAUGCCUCUCCGGGUUGCCAGUGAGUUAUUUCAACCAGUGUUCCCCAUAGCCUUAAAUUGUCCUAAAGUGACGACUACCUCAGCUGGUAGAAGGUGCAGCAGGAGAAGAGAAAGUGAGCAGUAUCUGAGAAGGCACCAUGGGUGAAAGCUGCAGAGUACAAGAUGUCUUUGUGAACUAAGAGUAUGGUCAAAAUCUGUGCCUAAGCUUCUGAAAGGGGCGGGGGGAGUGAAGCUCAGAGGCGCUCACUCCAUGCUUGUCCAGCGGCACAAGGCUGGGGUUUAGAUCCUGGCAUCACAAAAAGCAAAAUCCACUGCUAACAACAAAAGCCCUCCAAAACCUCUAUAGAAAUUGAUAUCCAGUAUAUUUUAGUGUAAAAACCAAUUCAACUGUGCAAGUGGCGUUAGAGCCCUUGGUGCCUUUGCUCCCAUCACUCCCUGUGGGUGGCAGCUUGCCAAAGGGGAGAGGGCUUCUGACUAGAUGUUGAUUUUCAUGAGAAAUCACUGUGAAAGACUUUGCUCUUCUAUGUAGUGAAUGCCCCGUGGAAAGAUUUCAAGGCCAUUUGUACCUGUGUUUGAAUUUGGGGUGAGUAAACCAAGCUCAUUUUCUUACCCAUCUGGUAGUUGGAGAACUGAGUGGUGGUGUGAGAGCUGCUCUCAGACAGUGAAGUCAACCGCUGCUUUUGUAUGCUGUGUGUCCUUGCCCUGCUUGCCUGUGUGUCUGUCUGCUUCCAAGCUUCUGCAUGCCCAGAGGCUGCUUGAUGGAUCUGUCUCAUCCCUCAGACUGAUCUCAUCAGGGAUUGAAGGGAGCACUGGGAUGAGCUGGACACUGGGGCCAUGUCUGCUGCCAUGUCAGCGUCUUUGCUUAGCAGCUGUCAAGCCAUAGAUUGGUUCCAGGGCUCAGGGUCUCAUCAUUGGAAAUCUAUUGCUUCUAAUGGGUCUGACCUGAGUUUACAGAGCAUGGCUCCCAUUAAUGGGAACACAGAGGCAGUUGGCAUAAAACUUUACAGUGCUCCUUUCCUCAUUAGAACAUGAUGACCAAAGCCAAGGAAGGCUUAGCAACUUUGGUAACUUUGUUACCUUGAAAGGAGGAGCUGUUCUUUCCCACCUGCAUAUAACCUUUGUUAUAUGUACAAUGAAGACUUUUUUUUUGCUGGUGAUGGCUCUUUGGGUCCCACUGUUCUGUUUUCCAUAAAUACAUCCUAUCCUAGGACAUAGCCCUCUAUUGAUUAUGUUCCCUUUAGCCUACCCCACUUGGCAUAGGUGAUGAGGUUUGAUGAAUGAAAGGACCCAGAUAGACCAGAGAAUUCCCCUAAGCCUUGACACCCUGAAGGGUGUGAGAAUGGGUUAUGUAAUUGCCCUCAAUCUUUUGUUCCAGGGGGAAAAAAAGAAAGAUGAACUGAGAUGGAUGUCUGUGUUAAAAUGGUCCCAGCUGUGUCCUCAUAGCUCUUCUGAAUUGAAUGGCAAAAGUUGAAGUAGGAGGAUAGGAAAUUAUACCCCCUUCUAGUAUUCCUUUACACUCAGGUCUAGCAUAUGAGACGAUCGUCUGUAUUUGAAUGAAGCGUUUUACCGGAGCGCAGGGAAGGACAGUGGGGCAGAUUGAGCUGUCACAUUAACUAGGCACUGAGAGCACACAGAGCAGCUGCUGUUCAUGACCAAGUCUGCCCGAACUUUCCAUGUAGUGAAAUGAUUUCUUUGGGGGAACUUAGGCAAUUGUGGUAACCCAGUGGUAUCUUAGUGACUUAACCGGAUUCUGCUGCUGUUGGAGUCCAUAUGGUUACUACCUUGAACAGGUGGUUUGCAAGUCAGGCUUGGUAGUGUGUACCUGAGCUUGGAAGACUGAAGGAGGAUCACUUGAGUCUGAACAUUUUAAAUUGGCAGGGGCAGCAAAGGAGGACCCCCCCCCCAUCUCAAAGUAGUGUUUUGGUGCCUUAUACAGCAGGACUCAGAACCCACUGGACACGCAAAGCAUCCGAACACCAGUGUUAGCAGGGUCAGGGGUGGUUACAUAGCCUCAAACAUGGGGCUUUGGACCAAUAAAUGUCUUUUCCUUUGACACACUUUGUUAUUUAAACAGGGUGCAACCCUGUAGCCCAGGAACUCAAUAUAUAACUCUUUCUACAGCCUAGAACUCAGUAUGUUGCCCGGGCUUGCCUAGAACUCUCGAUACCCCUGCCUCAGUCUCUAAUUGCUGGGAUUACAGGUGUGAGCCACCAUGACCAGCUUCCUCUUUCAUAUUUGGAUGAUAACUUGAAAAUGGUAAAACUAAUGCUUUGAACUUUGGGGCAGCAUGAGCAUCACUGUGUGACAGAUUGCCCCUAAUGUGAACCCCAAAGCCUAUUUCUAUGUCUAUGGAAUUGAUACUGAAAUAACAAGGCCAAGAAACUACUAGCUAAGUUUCAGCCUGUGGAAAUGCCUUAGUGUUAUUUAGAUAAAAUAUCUGUCAUUUACACUUAAUAAAUGUUAAUGAAUGUUCAGGAAGAACGAAGUUCCCAGGGAUGGCUGUUUGCCAUGGGUCUUACUUCCCCUAGUUUUCUGUAAGAAAAAGUGAUGCCUCUAUUUUUUUAUUAUUAUUAUAUGGCUUGUAAACAAUCCCAAUUUUAAUAAAGUUAAGUUUUAUAUUGCUCUA